AGCGCCAUCAUAACAUAGGCUACUUCCUAAUUCUCUUAACAGUGCUGUUAUCGUUGAUAGUUGUGAAAAGAAAUUCCCCGUUUUCGGUGGAAGCAAGUCGGUUGGCUGUUGUUAGCAGUUGGCUACUAUUUUUAGAAGGUGACAUUCACGAAAUACGUGCCAGAAUGGCUGCCAUAUUCUUGAUGCCGAUUUUUGCUAGCUUGCUAUUGGUCGUAUGCGCGACUGGAACUGGUACGACUAUGAACAUCCUUGAGAUCCUGGAAGGAAGGUGCCAUGAGUACAUCCAGUGUAUAAAACCUGUUAAUAGUAACUUUUAUUGUGGCCCCGCCCUAAGGCCAAGUUUUAAUUGCACAUCCCUCAUCAACACAUUUACGACAGAAGUUACAUACCACGAACCGUGUUCUUUGGGACCAGACGCGUUUGACGAUUUCGUCGACGAAGGAAAACAGGACCUACCCCCAGAUAUGCAAUUAUUUUGGUCAGGACCAUUCAAAAUCGCUCACGAAUAUGCCUUGUUUACUGAACGUAAAUCGUUGGAAGACUCCCUCAUCGGUUAUAUGAUGAACGGCGUAACAUUUUGCGGUUCAACAGAGUCUCCUGGCUUUAACUUUGAUAUGUGUCCAAUUUGUUCAAAUUCCACGUCUAGCAUUUUUUGGAACAAGGCUUCGAUGUCUUUUGCAAGAACGGCAAAAGGUAAAGUAGAAGUUGUUCUAAGUGCAUCGAAUUUUGGUCGACCGUCUUUUCGUAACGGCAGUGUCUUUAGGGAAAUUGAAGUUCCUAAUUUACAAACAGGUGCCGUUAGCCAGCUGACUGCUAUUUUGGUUAGAGAUAUUGGUGACAAUACAACUACAAGUGAACAUUGUGGAACCGGUUCGCUCUUGGAGUUGAAAAAUAUCAUCGAAGCACGAAAUAUAACUUUUUAUUGCGAAGAAAAUCCAGACCGAAUCAGAGCGAUCCAAUGUGCUGAACAACCAGAGGCAGACGAGUGCCUUGCUCUCUUUAAUUCAGGUUAUAUGCCAAUAAUUACACCGACGAUGGCAUUAUUUUUGCUCGCUGUUUCAAUCUUAAAUACUUAAAGCUAAUUGUUUUUAACGGAAAGAGGUAGUAAGGGCUCCUUAUGAUCAUUUUGGGGGUUGUGAAAAAUUAACCUAGACACUAUUGGUUAAUUGUUUGUGCUUUUACUCUUAAAGGGUAAGCAUAAAUGUUGUCAUAAUUUGAUACCCGAUAAUUAGGCCUAUAUUUUUUGUAUGCAGUGUACAUGCAUUUUUACAACUAACUUGUGUGUUCUUGUGCAUGGCUGCGCAGGCAUCCGGGUAUUAACAAAGCGCACACCCAAUCACACGUGGUUCAAAAGUGCGCAAUGAGUGAAAUGCAUAGGCCUAUAUCAAGGUAGUAUUUUUUUAUAGAAUGUAAAUCAUAAUUAUGCAUUGUUGUACUGAAUAAAUAAAUACAGUAAUGUCUGAGACAUGGUUGUCUGAGAGAAUGCAAA